CUGCUGACCCGACAGUGACGCAGCCUCACUCAUUUUGCUUCUCUUCCACAUCGACGCCAGAGUCAGCGGCUUUUCAUCCGCUCCUAAAUUUCACAGCCACCAUGGCAGAAAACCAGGACUAUAACAACGGUUUUAAUCAGGAUAUUACUGAACAAGAAUAUCAGCAAGAUGAUCAAAUGAACGGUGGAGGCGAUGCGCCUCAAGAUAGUGGUAGCGCCGAGGCUCCUGGCAAGGAUGACGAGAGGAAACUCUUUGUUGGAGGUCUCAGCUGGGAGACUACAGAUAAGGAGCUGAGGGAACACUUUGGAUCUUAUGGCGAGAUUGAGAGCAUCAACGUUAAGACUGAUCCCACCACCGGACGAUCAAGAGGUUUCGCCUUCAUCGUCUUUUCACAAUCAUCGACCAUCGAUAAGGUAUUACAAGCUGGAGACCAUAUUAUCAAUAACAAGAAGGUUGAUCCCAAGAAAGCAAAGGCCAGGCAUGGAAAGAUCUUUGUUGGUGGUCUGACCUCAGAGUUGAGCGACGAUGAGAUCAAGAACCACUUCGCACAGUUUGGCACAAUUGUAGAGGUUGAGAUGCCAUUCGACAAGACUAAGAACCAAAGAAAAGGCUUCUGCUUCAUCACAUUUGAGUCAGAGCAAGUAGUUAUGGAACUACUGAAGAACCCUAAACAGUCCAUCAGCGGCAAAGAAGUUGAUGUGAAAAAAGCCACACCCAAGCCCAAUGAGAUGGGUGGUAUGCGAGGUGGACGAGGAGGACGAGGUGGCAGAGGGCGUGGCCGAGGAGGCUACGGAGGCCAAGGCUGGGGAAACCAGGGCUACGGGGGCUAUGGCUAUGGCCAGGGCUAUGAUGGAUAUGGCGGUGGUUAUGAUUACUAUGGUGGUGGAUAUGGAGGCUACGGUGGUGGAUAUGGUGGAUACGACUACAGUGGCUACAAUAACUACGGAGGCUAUGGAGGAAGUGGUGGCUAUGGAGGCAAAACAGGCAGGGGUCGGUCUGCGCAGAGGCAUCAACCAUAUUAAGGGACGAAUCUUCUCAUCAUCAUUCACUCAUGCAUAAACUCCCUGGACAUCAUCUUCAUUUUCAUUUCAUGUGCGCCAUUGUCAUUCCAUUGAAACCUGGCCACCUCCUCAUGAGAGCCCAGCAAAGAAGUCUUAAUUUUAGACUACAGUGACAUAAUAAUGCUAUGUGUACAAGUGGAAUACCUCUAAUUUUUUUUUGCUUUGUGAACAGUUUUUUUAUUAAGUUUUAGUGUGUGUAUAUGUAGGUACACCUAUAUUCCAUCUUGCCACAUGGCAUGUUAAAUGUACAAUGAAAACAAGUAAGAUUCUUUUUAAUAAAUUACUUAUUAUGGUAUUUAUUGUAUUUUUCCUAUGGCAAGUGGCCUGACGACCUGCAAAAGCAGUCACCUAGGUGUAAGGUUUUCUAUAAUGUGCAAUUAAUUGUGCUGUUAUGUGUUGAUCUCUCACACAACGGCUUUGAGCCAGUCAGUAAUACAAAUUGUAAUCAGUGUCAGAAGUCUAUGUUAUUAUGCUAUUAUGAUCUGCAUGGUCGGAUAGUAUUUAUUAUACGUAGGAAUUUUAAAAAUAAAAUUUCUACUCAACAUCCAA